UGCAGCUUCCUCUACUUCACUAAAAUGUCCGUACGCAAAAAGCGUGCUCCGAAACCCAGUGCUUACGUUUUGGCAAUGCCGGUAUCCACAGGUACCAUUUUGUCAGAUACGUUCAAAUCUCAAUGGAUUGUUGGAAAGCCAAUCGCCCAAGGUGGUUUCGGAUGUAUAUAUUCUGGUAUGUCCGACACUAACGUUUUCACUGAUAAGCCAAACGCACUGGAGACCAAACGGAGAAUUAUGUGGUUAAAAUAGAACCGAAGGAAAACGGGCCCCUCUUCACGGAAGUGCAUUUUUACAUGCGGGCCUGUUCACCGGCCUCUCUUUCCACCUGGAUUAACCAGCGCAAGCUCAGUUUUCUGGGUAUCCCACGCUACGUGGCUAGUGGGUUGUACUCACCACCAGGACAACCUGGAUGCCGUUUCCUCAUUAUGGAUCGCUUUACCGGUGACAUGGAGUCUGUUCUGAAGCAGGCACGGUUAACAUCCGAUCAGGUUAUUCUGAUCGCAUGCCAUGUCCUGAACGCUCUGGAGUAUCUUCACUCUAAGGAUUACGCCCAUGCCGACAUCAAGGCUUCGAAUCUUUUGUACAAAAUCUCUGUGGUGGAGGUUACUUUGGUGGAUUUCGGUUUGGUCCAUCUAUUCCGCAUCAACGGAAAACAUACUGCAGCGAAGCCUAACCCCAAGUUCAAACACAAUGGAACUCUGGAAUUUUGCUCUCGCGAUGCACACCGUGGCUUUCCUCCAUCCCCUCGGGGUGAUUUGGAAAUUCUUUUGUUCAAUCUGAUUCACUGGCUUGCUCGUUGCCAGCCAGGAACUGCACAGUCCUUUACUACUGGGCUACCCUGGGGCUACCUUAUAUCAGAUCCUAAAUUACGUGAAAAUGCUUCGGAUUCUGUGAAGAACCAGGUUGCUGCUAUCAAGGAACAGGCUAUGAGGGAUAUUGACUGCUUCUUCACUCAAGCUGGGAUUCCACAUGAUACCGACUUGUCCAGCUUUAUGCUCACUGUCAGCCAGCUUGACUACGAUCAGACUCCAGAUUAUGAACUUUUACGCCAACAUUUGCUGGCCUUCUCUAAACGCAUGAAAUCCUCCGUCACCAAUUCCUCACCGAAGGUGGGAACCCCUGCACGCCCGAUGAAGCGACUUAGUACGGAGCAUCUUUCUCACGUAUGUUUGUUAUCUUCAUCUAUAUGCCAAAUUUAACAGCAUCUCAUCGUCAAUGUAUACAUACGAACGAUCUUUCUCCCAGUUGUCCUUUGUAAACUACCAUAGUAAGUAUACCGUAAACGAUAAUCUCGUCAGUUAAUGCAAAGCAAGCAAGCUUCAUCACACUAGAUUUGUUUUAACCGGAUGUUCUCACUGCCCCGGAUGGUGGAGUGGAUCGCCAAGAGCCCGCCCAGGCAUUGAAAUUAAUAUCCACUGUUUGGCUCCGCUAAACCUCUUUUCGGUUCCCCUGAAUUGUCCUUGGAGUAUCCUGUGAUUUAAAAAGAAAUGUCUGUUGAGGAAUAGUAGGGGUCUUUAUUGGGCUUUUGAGAAGUUCUGUCGCGGUUAAAAUUUGUCGCCAGAGAUCCGCGAACAUUUUCAUGCAUUCCUGGAUGCAUGGUAGCUGUCUGGCUG